GCUUCUCCCUCAGACCCUCCCCCCUCUCAUGUGCUCUCUUUCUCAUUCUCUCUCUCUCAAAUAAAAUCUUUAAAAAAAAAAAUUUAUGGAAGGGGCGCCUGGGUGGCUCAGUUGGUUAAGCGUCUGCCUUCGGCUCAGGUCAUGAUCCCAGGGUCUUGGGAUCGAGUCCCCACAUGGGGCUCCCUCCUUAACACGGAGCCUGCUUCUCCCUCUCCUCCCCGCUCAUGCUCUCUCUUGCUCUCUCUCUCUCUCUCAAAUAAAUAAAAAUCUUUUUUAAAAAAUGUGUGGAAAUUUUUUUCUCUCGUUAUAUAAGUACCUACAUAACUUUUCUUUUUCCUCUUGGCUCCCGAAGCCGAAAAUAUUCACUACCUAGCCACUUAGAGAAAAAGCCUGCCCACCCCUGCCCUAGAAAAAUCCUUACACGUUCUUGCACCAGGAGACACCCGUGAGAAUAUUUGCAGUAGCACCUGAUUGGAAACAAGCUAAAUGUUCCUCACCAGGAGAGCAGAUAAGCUGUGGCACAGUCAUGGAACGUACUCUGUGCGGCAGUGAGCGGACGGAUGAAUGGACGAAGCUAAAAUGAAUUAUCAACACGGUUAAAUCUCAAGAACAUUGAGAGGAGGGGAGAGCAAGCUGCGGGCGAGUACAGAAUGAUGAGCACCUAUAAAACCACGCGAAACCACAUGAAAGGACAAUGCUUUAGGAUGUGGACACGUGCAGUGAAAGAAUAAGAAAGGCUGGAAAGGUCAGCACCGGGAGCAGGGGCUCGUCUGGGGCAGGGAAGGUAAAGAACUGCACUGGAACUGCAUUACCCCCGCCCUGGCUUCCCCUGUAGCUCGGAUGUCUCAUUUACUAACGGAGUUAGUUAAUCCCACCUGGAAACUUGCAAACGGGAGCCUCAGUUCUGCCCCACUCUGUAGGGGGGUAACUGAGACUCUCUCCAAGGGGCCAUGACUCCCUCCUCUCAGUCAAGAUUGGGUCUGGUCAUAGGUGGCUUUUUAAAAUCAGUAAUGGCUUUCCUAGAGUCCUUGAGAACCAGGACUUAACUUAGCACAGGAAAAAGAUAGAUGAGGUUAAGUAAAAAUCCUCUGGUCCUGAAUUUUCAUUUAAAGUAUAAGUAUGGGGGGCGCCUGGGUGGCUUAGUUGGUUAAGCAACUGCCUUCGGCUCAGGUCAUGAUCCUGGAGUCCCUGGAUCGAGUCCUGCAUCGGGCUCCCUGCUCGGCGGGGAGCCUGCAUCUCCCUCUGACCCUCCCCCCUCUCAUGUGCUCUCCGUCUCUCUCAUUCUCUCUGUCUCAAAUAAAUAAAUAAAAUCUUUAAAAAAAAAAAAAGUAUAAGUAUGGGGGCCCCUGGGUGGCUCAGUCAGUUAAAUAUGUGCCUUUGGCUCAGGUCAUGAUCCUGGAGUCCCGGGAUCGAGCCCCGCGUUGGGCUCCUUGCUCAGCGGAGAGCCUGCUUCUCCCUCUGCCCCCCAUCGGCUCAUGCUCUCUCUCUCAAAUAAAUAAUAAAAUCUUUUAAAAAAACAAUAGAAAGUAAGGUAUAAGUAUGAACUUAUAUGUAUUUUGUUUUUUGAACAAUGUAAGCUCUGUUCAUUAAAAAGACAGUAACAAUAAUGUAAAGAACUAAAAUACUUAAAAUAUACUGAAAUUAAAAAAUAUAUAUGUAUAUAUGCUGAAAUCAGUGAGUUAAUGAUACUUUAAAAAAAUUAGUCACUGUUGGGGUAUUCUGAGGCAUCAACUCAUUAAGUAAAAAUUAAGGCAAAAGGGGCACCUGGCUGGCUCAUUUGGUAAAGCAUGUGACUCUUGAUCUCAGGGUUGUGAGUUCAAGCCCCACACGGCCUAGAGCUUACUAAAAAAAUAGUAAUAAAAGCAAAUAAUUAAGCAUUUAUCUCAUUUAAACUACUCCUGGUAGUCAAAUAGUAGCUAAAAGAAGUUUCUUUUUCUUUUAAAAAAAUAAUUAUAAACUUACAGGAAGUUGCAAAAAAUAAUACAAAAAGGUCCCAUGUACCCCGCACCCAGUAAUAAUGUCUUGCACAAAUACAGAACAAUAUCACAACCAGGAAACUGACAUUAGUACAAGCCACAGACCUUGUUCAAAUUGUAUCCAUUUUACAUGUACUGUGUGAGAGGUGUGUGUUUAGUUCUAUACAGUUUUAUCACGUGUAGAGUCACACCACCACGAAGAAGUUUCUUUUUAUAGAAGUAUUCCAGUUGCCAAAAAAAAAUAAAGAAGUAUUCCAGUUGCCAAAGGAAUACUAGAAUUGGAAUAUCUACAUUUUGCAACAUCCAAUGAAAUGGCUGAUCUAAGCACCAAACAAUAGUCCUAAUGGCUGUUACUAUCCCAAAGGGAGAGAAUUCAACAUCAUGUGCCUCCUGAUGGAGGAACACAACAUCUAUGAAGUAUUCUUAUUCCCCCAAAGAAUCAAACCCAAAUCUGAGCAAGCCUCAAAAGUCAACUACCAUGCGAUGUACCACAUUAAUAGAAUGAAGGACAAAAACCACAUGGUUGCCCCAACUGAUGCAGAAAAAAAAAGUUUAACAAAAUUCAACACACUUUCAUGAUAAAAACACUCAACAAACUAGGAAUAGAAAUUACCUCAACAUAAUAAAGGUCACAUAUGAAAAUAUAUGUGCCACAGCGCACAUCAUACUCAAUGGUGAGAGACUGAAAGCUGUUCCUCUAAGAUCAGGAACAAAGCAAGGAUGCCCACUCUUGCCACUUGAAUUCAACAAGUACUGGAAGUCUUAGCCAGAGAAAUUAGGCAAGAAAAAGAAAGAAAAGGCAUCCAAAUUGGAAAGAAAGAAGUAAAAUUGUAUCUGUUCUCAGAUAACAUGAUCUUAUUUGUAGAAAACCUUAAAGAUUUCACACACACACACACACACACACACACAAAACCCUGUUAGAACUAACAAAUGAAUUCAACCAAGUUACAGGAUAUAAAAUUAACACAUUAAAAAAAGCAGUUGCCUUCUAUCCAUACACAAUGAGCAAUCUGAAAUUAUGAAAACAAUUCCAUUCACAAUAGCAUCAAAAAGAAUAAAAUACUUGGAAAUAAACUUAACCAAGGAAGCAAAAGACUUGUACACUGAAAACUAUAAAACAUUACUAAGAAGACACAAAUAAAUGCAAAGACAUCUUGUGUUCAUGGGUUGGAAGAACUUAAUAUUGUAACAAUAUCCGUAGGCCCCAAAGCAAUCUACCAAUUCAAUCAAUCCCGAUCAAAAUCCCAAUGGCAUUUUUGCAGAAAUAGAAAAAAAAAGUCCUAACAUUUAUAUUGGAUCUCAAGGGCCCCUGAAUAGUUGAAACAAUCUUUAAAAAGACAAUGUUCGACUCCUUACACUUUCUGAUUUCAAAACAUAUUACAUACAAAGCUACAGAAUCAAAAUACUAUAGGACUGGCAUAAACAUAGAUUUACAGACCAGUGGAACAGAAUAGAGCCCAGAAAUAAACCCUCACGUAUAUGGUCCAAUGAGCUUCAACAGGGGUGUCAAGAACACACAACAGGGUAUGGACAGUCUCAACAAAUGGUGGUGGGGAAACUGGAUAUCCAAACAUAGUUUGAAGUUAGACCCUUACCUUACGCCACAUAUAAAACAACUCAAAAUGGACUAAAGGCCUAAAUGUGAGACCUAAAACUAUAAAACUCCUAGAAGAAAACACAGGGAAAAGUUUCAAGACAUAGGAUUUGGCAAGGAUUUCUUUUUUUCUUUCUUUUUUUUUUUUUUUUUAGAUUUUAUUUAUUUAUUUGAGAGAGAGAAAAUGAGAGACAGAGAGCAUGAGAGGGAGGAGGGUCAGAGGGAGAAGCAGACUCCCCGCCGAGCAGGGAGCCCGAUGCGGGACUCGAUCCCGGGACUCCAGGAUCAUGACCUGAGCCGAAGGCAGUCGCUUAACCGACUGAGCCACCCAGGCGCCCCUUGGCAAGGAUUUCUUAGACAUGAUGCCAAAAGCAUGGGUAACAAAAGCAAAAGUAGACAAAUGGGACCACAGCAAACCAACCGUGCCUCAAAAGGAAGCCCCCUCUGCCGCUAAGGCAGCCUCACCCCCACCUCCCAGCCCCCACCCCACUUGAGCCGCUUUCCCAUCCCUCCACCUGCCUCAGCCUCAGUAAGGGGUUCCCCAAAGCCAGCUCACCGAAGGCUGCCCCUAAACUGAAGAUUGUCCAGGCACCGGGACUUCUCAGAAACAAGGCGUUCUCCUGUGAGUGAAUUUCGGUUUCUCUUUCCUUCUCGGCACCGGUCCAGAGAAGGGACUUGUGGGAUACCCUGUCUCUGCGGCUCAGGCAGCCUCACGCAGAUCCACGUGCUCACCUGGUUCAGGACUGGCCCCACCUACGUACGCCUGUCCCGUCAAGUGGAGAUUCCAAUUUUCAUUUGCCUUUUCGCUUUACAUACAUCAGCCGGGGUUGCCCAGCGAGCCUGGCUAAAAGCAGAGCCAUGCAGCAGGGAAAGCAGUGGGGAUCUGGCCAUGGCGACAGCGUGGGUCCUGGUGCUGGUGACCGUGGUGCUGGGCUUGGCCAGAGCAGGCCCUGUCCCUACUUCCAAACCCACCACAACCAGGAGGGGCUGCCACAUGGACAGGUUCCAAUCUCUGUCACCGAGGGAGCUAGGAGCCUUCAAGAAGGCCAGGGAUGCCUUAGAGGAGUUGCUCUUGCCCAAGAACUGGAGCUGCAGCUCUCGCCUCUUCCCUAGGACCAGGGACCUGAGGCUGCUGCAGGCCUGGGAGCGCCCCGUGGCCUUGGAGGCUGAGCUAGACUUGACGCUGAAGGUCCUGGGGAACAUGGCUGACUCGUCCCUGGGGGUCGUCCUGGACCAGCCCCUCCGCAUGCUGCGCCACAUCCACUCCGAGCUCCAGGCUUGUGUCCCGGCUCAGCCCACAGCAGGACCCAGAGCCCGUGGCCGCCUCCACCAUUGGCUGCACCGGAUCCACAAGGCCCCGAAGGAGUCCCAGGGCUGCCUCGAGGCCUCCAUCACGUUCAACCUCUUCCGCCUCCUCACACGGGACCUGAAAUGUGUUGCCAGUGGAGACCUGUGCGUCUGAGAACCUGGACCCACCCUCAGCCCAUCUGGGACCCAGAACUUAUGUAGGCACCGAGCCUCACCCCUGCCUUAAGUUAUUUCCUCUCCAUCCCUUAUUUAUGCAGCCCUGCUCUAUACCCAUAAGAAAUGUUUAUUUUUCUACUUUUGUACAACAUGCAGCAAAUAAACAGGAAUAAGAAGAAAAAAAGAAAAAAAAAGAGCCACUACUGUGAAGACUGAGAGAACAGAGGAACGUGUUAAACGACAGUGCGGGCUGCAAUGAGCAAAAUGCAGGCUCUGGCAAACUUGAAAGGACUAAAAAUCCAGCUUAACAAAAACAUUUCAAGGGGAAAAAAGGAGAAAGUUGGGGUCCCUAUACUCUACAGGGACAGCCUUUAGGGUAAAGAUGACGUAAAGAUGUAUCCACCAAUUGCAGUGUGGAGACCUUAUUUGAGCCCUGACAUAGUUUUUAAAAUAUGGAUUUCUAUGACAACUGGAUUUCAGAACAUUGAUUGCAUGAUCUACCGCUAUUAAAGAAUUCUAAAAACUUAGAUGUGAUAAUGGUAUGGUGUUUUAAAAGUCCUUGUCUUGGGGCGCCUGGCUGUCUCAGUUGGAAGAGCAUGGCAAUUCGGGGUCGUGAGUUCAAGCCCUGCAUUGGAUGUAGAGAUUGCUUAAAUAAAUCUUUAAAUAAAUAAAAGAUAAAUAAAAACUCCUUGACUUUUACAUACACAUACUGAAAUAUUCACAAAUGAAAUAGCUAUCUGGAAUUUGCUUUAAGAAAUUUAUGAGGGAAGUGGAUGGAUGGGUAGAAAGGAAACCAGGUUGGCUGCAACUUGGUAACUGUUAAAUUGUUGAAUCUGGGUUCAAUGUACAUGAAAUUUGUAAAUAAAAAGGUUUCUUCAGUGAGAAAAUGGGAGGGGGGGAUGUGGUUUAAGCAAGGUAAUAGUUCAUUCCUCCUUACAUAAAAACUCUGGAGGUAAGCAGGGCAGGCUGGGUACGAUGGCGGCUUCCUAAGCAUCAGGGACCCAGCCCCUUCCAACUGCUGCCCCACCCUCUUCUUCACUUGGCUUCGGCCUCCGUCUCACAUCGGGGCUCCACUCCAGCCAGCACAGCCCUUGCAGCCAGGAAGGAGGCUCAGGGUGGGAAGAAGGACAAGAUCCUUUGAUAGACAGGUCUUAGAAGCCACAUAAACCACUUCUCCGUCCCAGUGACCAGACAUAGCCACAUAACCAUGCCUGGCUACAGGAGAGGCAGGGAAAGGCAGUCUUUAUUCUGGAUGGCCACGUGUCUAAAAAAUCAGGGCCAAGGGAGAAAGGGUGAGAGGAGAUCGGGGUUCAAUUGGGAGCGUCUGCCACAGCCCUUAUCCCUCGGAGACUGGUAAUCAGGCGUGGGGGGUGCCACGGACGGGCGCUCGAGGCUGGCAGCAGAGCCAGGGACAGCUGGUGGGCCUGAUGAUGUUAACU